UCUUGGUAUUGAGAAGUUAAAAGUUUGCGAUUUGGUUUUGCGGCGGUACGUGAGGAUACAAAAUACCAUUUCAGAUGAGAUAAGGUCCACUGGUCUGUGAAGACAGGAAGUGACAACUCUCUGUGUCAGCCAUGGGCCCGAGAGGACAUCUCCUUGUCUUGCUGCUUCUGGCCACCUCUUGCCUCUGCACACAUGCAAUCAGCUUCCCAGAGGACAGCACUCCCCUGGACUCUGUGGACCACCAUUACUCCCGGCAGUACCCAGUAUUCCGUGGCCGUCCCUCAGGCAAUGAAUCUCAGCACAGACUGGACUUUCAGCUGAUGACAAAAAUCCAAGACACACUCUUCAUCGCUGGAAGAGACCAGGUGUACUUAGUGAGCCUGCGAGAGACCUACAGAAAUGAAAUAAUCCCAUACAGGAAACUGACAUGGAGGUCUGGCCUAGCAGACAGGGAAACAUGUGCGAUGAAGGGAAAACACAGGGAUGAGUGCCAUAAUUUCAUUAAAGUGUUGGUACCCAGAAACGAUGAUCUGAUUUUCAUCUGUGGCACAAACGGAUUUAACCCCAUGUGCAGAUUCUACCGGUUAGAUAACCUGGAGUUUGAUGGGGAGGAAAUUAGUGGCUUGGCUCGGUGCCCAUUUGAUGCCAAGCAGACCAAUGUUGCCCUCUUUGCAGAUGGGAAGCUAUACUCAGCUACAGUGGCUGACUUCUUGGCCAGCGAUGCCGUCAUCUAUCGCAGUAUGGGAGACGGCUCUGCCCUGAGAACCAUCAAGUAUGACUCCAAGUGGCUGAAAGAACCCCACUUCCUGCAUGCAGUGAACUAUGGGAAUUAUGUGUACUUCUUCUUCAGGGAAAUAGCAGCUGAAUACAACAGCCUGGGAAAGGCUGUGUAUUCCCGAGUGGCACGCAUAUGCAAGAAUGAUGUGGGCGGGUCUCAGAGAGUUCUGGAAAAGCACUGGACCUCAUUUAUGAAGGCCCGGCUUAACUGCUCUGUGCCUGGGGAAUCCUUCUUCUACUUCAAUGUCCUGCAGUCUGUCACAGACAUUGUCGAAAUCAACGGAGUCCCCACCGUGGUCGCAGUGUUCACCACACAGCUGAAUAGCAUCCCAGGGUCAGCGGUCUGUGCAUUUUCAAUGGCAGACAUGGAAAACGUGUUCCGGGGUCGUUUCAAAGAGCAGAAAACGCCAGAUUCUGUCUGGACGGCUUUUCCAGAAGACAGAUUGCCAAGCCCCAGACCUGGUUGCUGUGCAGGGCCUGGCCUGGCAGGAGGUUACAAAACCUCCAUUGAUUUCCCAGACGAGACUCUCCUUUUCAUCAAGUCCCACCCCCUAAUGGAUGCCGCUGUGCCAUCUCUCCGUGAUGAGCCCUGGUUCACAAAGACCCAUGUGCGGUACAGGCUGACAGCCAUAGCAGUAGAUGAUUCUGCUGGUCCCUACCGGAAUUACACAGUGAUUUUUAUUGGCUCAGAAGCUGGUGUGGUGCUCAAGGUCCUGGCCAAGACGUCCACAGCCUCCCUGAAAGACAGUGUCCUGCUGGAGGAGAUUCACGUCUUCAACCAGGCCAAGUGCAUCUCCAACAGUGAGGAGGACCAGCGCAUCCUGUCCCUGCAUCUGGACAAAGAGAUGCAUGCCUUGUAUGUGGCCUUCUCCAGCUGUGUGGUCCGGCUGCCCAUCAGCCGCUGUGAACGCCACACUUCCUGCCACAAGUCCUGCAUUGCAUCACGUGACCCCUACUGCGGAUGGAUGCCACAUGGAUCCUGUGAGAAGAUCCCACCAGGCCAGAUCUCUGGAUAUGAACAGGAUGUGGAAUACGGCAACACCGCGCAGCUGGGUGACUGUCACGAAUUUUUGGCCACUGCAUCUACGCCAGAUUACAAAUCAUUUGGCGAACCAACAUCUGCCAUGGAGUUGUCAUCAACAUCAGUCACAACGGUGGCGUCUGGCCACAUAGAGUCACCCCAAAUCAUUGCCGCCCUGAAACCUGAACUCUUUGGUUCAAGGAAAUUUGUGCUCCGAGACGACCCCACCACAUCCCAUUCUUUUGAGUCAUUACCUGGUGGCCCUCAGGGUGUGUGGGAGGUCCAGUCAGGCGACUCCAAUCAGAUGGUCCACACGAAUGUCCUGAUCACCUGCGUGCUGGCCGCCUUCCUGCUGGGCUCCACAAUCGCAGGGAUGGCAGUCUACUGCUACCGCGAAGCCUUUCUGCGGAAGCCGAGGAGGAUCCACAAGGACGGUGAGUCUGGGCAGUCGUGUACAGGUUCCACCGGCAGCUUUGCCAAGCUUAAUGGGCUGUUUGACAGCCCAGUUAAAGAGUACCAAGCAAGCAUGGAGACAUCUAAGCUCUACACCAACCUACUGAGCAAUGGGAAAGACUUGGGGCCCAGCAAGGACACCAAGACCAUGAUGCUUAGUGGACAAUGUCAGCCGCCUGAGCUGGCAGCUCUGCCCACUCCAGAGUCCACACCAGUCCUGCAGCAGAAAAGCCUGCAGCCCUUUCGGAACCAGUGGGAGAAGGUCAACAUCAACGCAUCCCACCAUGAGUCCCCGCCCAAAAGUCCGCAUUUCUUCUCCUCCAGCUCGCCCCCACACUUUCUCCUGGGCCACGCCCACAUCCCAAGUGCCGUCGUCCUCCCCAAUGCCACCCAUGAAUACCGGGACUCCAUCUCCAGUGAUGCCGAUGAGCUCUACCCCGAGAGGAAGGUCCAUAAUGUAGUGCCACCUGCCAGCACAAAGGCGGGCAGGAAAGAACACCGGCGGUCAGUGGUUGCCAGAAACACCUUAAACGACCUCCUGAAGCAUCUUAAUGAUGGUGGUGGAAGUGCUGGGGGCCCAAAAGCCAUCCUUACUGAUGCAUCCAACCUGCGGCAGAACAUUAUGGCGGACCACAUGGCGGGAAUGGCGGAGGUGCCGCCCAAAGUGCCCAGCAGAGAGGCAUCAUUGUACUCCCCCUCUUCCUCCCUGCUCAGAAACAGCCCCAACAAAUGGGUGGAUGUUCCUACCACCCCAGCCACACCCCCAGGGCAGAUGGACACAUUAGAGAGACAGAGGGGCUACCACAGAAGCUCACAGAGACAUUCCAUAUCAGCCCUCCCCAAAAGCGCCAACUCGGCGAACACUGUUGCCGUAGCACGGCAGCCCAGCAUAAGCAGGGGAGGUUACAUGCCCCCCACACCUCCCUCCAGAAUGGACUCCCACGCGACACCCCAAGGCAUGCAUCCCCAGCCCUCACUGUCCAGGCAGAGCAGCUACAGUGGGCAGGGCUCCCUGCCUCGUACAGGAGUGAAGAGGAUACCCUCGGUAAAGCCAGACGUUCCCCCAAAACCCAGUGGGUUUGUUCCGCAGACCACGCAAAUCAGGGUUGUGAACAAAUUCAGCUACUGAAGGAUCACUGGAUGGUCAUUUUUGUUUCUCCCACUCUAUAAAUCAAACAAAUGUCAACCAAUAUGAUCGAGGCCCAAGGGGCAAGUCUCAUGGACAUCGCAAUGGGAGAUGGUCCCUUGUGCUGUGACGGGGGGGAAUUACAUGUAGCCAAAGAAGGGAGCUACUGCAGGUGCCAUUGUGUUUUCACUUCCUUUUUUUCUCAACUUGAGCUGAAGGCCAAUGGGGUGGUUCUCUCCCUCCCUCUGGGAGCGUGCUGUUCCAGGAUCAGUUAAAUGGGAGCCCAAGGAUUGCAGACUGCUCAGGCUGUGCUUCCACUGCACAUUUUGGGCACUGGGGAGUUCCUGCCCAAGAAUACUUGAAAAAUAGGUUCCAUUAUCUACUGCCACUGAGCAUCUUCUUCCCAGCAAAUGUGAACACAACAAGUAAAACAUGUAUGCAUUCAACAAUUUGAAAAAUAUAUAUGUACAUACAGAUACAGACACAUAUCAGACUUCAAAGGUAGAAUGCCAUGUGUUGAGUUACAGCCACAUGGCCUUGUUUUAAAAAGAGAAACACAUCGAGCCAACUGUAGCAGAGAUAUAGUUAGAUGUGUUUGAAGCAGAAAGUCUGUCCCAGAUGGACACUGGGUCCAUGUGAAAU